AUGCCUUCAGCCAUAGUCACUGGUGCCACUGGAAUCACCGGGAGUGCUAUCGUGCAUCACCUCCUCAAAGAUGCAUCUUUCGACAAAAUUUACUCGUUCUCUCGUGGGAACCCAGGGUACAAAGACCCUAUAGUCCAGCAUAUUAGCCUGGACCUCCAAAGCUCAGCCCAAGACAUGGCCCAGGCCUUCCAGAGCGUUUCCGCCGAGUAUAUCUUUUUCUGUGCGUACUUGGCUUCAGAUGAUCAAGUCGAGCUAUCGCGAACAAACGAAGCGUUGCUUUCUAAUUUUCUGGAGGCACUCGAGCUCAACGACGCUGUCCGCAGGAUCAAGCGCUUCGUUCUCACCUGCGGAUUCAAGCAUUAUGGUGAACAUAUCGGACCCGGGAAGCAGCCGCUAGUCGAGGAUGACCCUCUUCUAGAGAACGACCUUGGUGGGGUGUCCUGGCCGCCAAUCUUCUACUACCCCCAACAAAGAGUUCUAGAAAAGGCAGCUAAGAAAGGUGGCUGGGAAUGGGUUGCUACGCUCCCGGAAGACGUUCUUGGAUACGCCCGAGGCAAUUUUAUGAACGAAGCAACGGCCCUCGGACUUUACUGUGCUGUCAGCAAAGCCCUCCCUGGCUCGGAACUGCCAUUUAUCGGUAGUAAGGCGAACUAUUUUGCUUUCAAUUGCUGGACAUCAGCGAAUCUACAUGCCAAGUUCUGUCUCUGGGCAGCUGUCGCGCCGGGUGCAGGAAACCAGAUCUUUAAUGUGAUCAAUGGCGAUACAGAAUCCUUCCAAAACCUCUGGCCACGUAUGGCCGCCCGGUUUGGGUGUCACAUUCCCGAUCCCAUGUUUCCCAAUGGCGGUAUUCCAGAUACCAAGGGAUUCAGGAACUACGAGUCAUCUACAAUUCGACUACCAAAUAAUCCUCCUCUCAAGGCGUCAGCCACAUCAUUGGGUCUCUCUACAGACCCGGAUUUGGAGAAACCACCUACACUUUUCCUACAGGUUGACCCAGAGAAAUGGGCCAAACGGGAGGAUGUCAACAAGGCAUGGGUUCAGCUUCGGGAAAAGUACAAUCUUGACCAACACGCAUGGGAUAAGGCGACUUGGAACUUCUUAACCAUGGCACUGGGUAGAGACUGGAGUUGUGUAGGGAGUAUGAGUAAGGCAAGAAAAUUGGGCUGGACUGGGUAUGCAGAUACUUGGGAUGAGUUGGAAGAGACAUUUGAAAUUCUGGAAAGUAAGGGUGUUCUUCCGCCUUUGAGUCAGUUGAAGCAGGAUUUCUAG